AUGGCAAAUGAGGCUGAAGAAACGGUUCGCAAGCUUGCUAUGCACAAGGGUGUGGCAGGGGUCAUUGUGGUGAAUGGCGAAGGUAUACCGGUAAAGACGACUUUGGACAAUCAUAUUUCUGUUCAGUACGCGGGGCUGAUGAGUUCGUUGGUGGACAAAGCAAAGGCAGUUGUACGAGAUCUGGAUCCGACGAAUGACUUGACGUUCUUGAGGAUACGCAGUAAGAAGAGUGAAGUGAUGGUGGCUCCAGAUAAAGACUUUAUUCUUAUAGUUGUUCAAAAUCCUGUGGAAUGA